UGAAUUAUAAAACAGAGACAAUUGGGGUCAAAAGGACAUUUUAAAGUGCUACUGGCUUUCAGAUACAUUUUCAAUUACAUAAAUUCUCUAAACCGCAUUCAUUCAACUCUCAUUUCAAAAGAGGGUUCAAUACUACUUCAGUGAAAGGCAAGAGGAGAGAGUCACCACAACUCAUUAAAUUUUCAAGAUGAACAAGAUUAUUUUUGUUAUUCUUCAAGCUGCUCUUCAGAUGGCAGGCAGCACUUCACUGAGGUUCAUCAAGCCAAAUGUUCUGGCUUUGGAGGUAUCAAAUCUGUCCAGCUUUGAGGUAUUCCUGCAUUGUAAAGAGCAAUAUAAAGGAGAGGAAAUUUACUGGGAGAGGAAUGGGGAAAGCAUCUCUCAAACAGGGAACUUCAUCACUGUUAUAAUAGAUGGGCUGCAUGGGGGAAACUUCACAUGUCACAGACCAAACAGAGACCUUUUGAAUUACACACUACUACUGGUCCAUCCAGUUGAGUUUCCUAAAGGAGUUCUUACACAAUCUAGUGACAGAGAAUUUAUUUCUUGCACCGCAAGAAACUAUAAUGGACAAUUGCAUUGCUCUUGGAAAUGGCAUCAGGAGCGGAUCCAAAGAGCUGUGGUAUAUUUCACAGCUAUCCGAAACUCUAGUCCCAUCAACUGCACUCUGGACUUGGAUAUAUCUGGGCUGACUUGUAUUGAAAAGGAUUAUUGUCAGUACUCUGAAGAGUCUAGGAGCAUGAACCUCACACUGUUUGUCAGAAAUCUUUAUAGGCUGGAGGAGCACCACAGGACUUUCCUCAUCCAAGACAUUGUCAAGCCAGAUAAAGUUAGUAUCACCAAGAUCCAAGAUGAUGUAUUUGAGUGGCAGCCCCCUGAAACAUGGAGUUUCCCCUGUAGUUUCUUUCCCCUCUCCUAUGAAGUGAAAGUAGUUCCUAACAAUCAUAGCUGUGACUACACAGGAAGGCGUGUUGAAAAAAAUGAAACCAGCGAGACACAUUACAAAGUGAAAUUAAAAAAAGCAUAUACUUUCUGCGUUCGGGCACAGGACCCACUAACUAAAAAUGUUUGGGGUGACUGGAGUCACCGUCAUCAGAGAAAACACCAGCAAACCUGAGGUCUAAAGGGAACCAACCCCCCCCCCCCCAAACUUGACAAUCUGCUUUCUAUUCCUGUCAAAAUAUUCCAACUAUUCAUAUUUAUACUUAUUUUGUAUUAUUAAAAUAUGCCAUGGUGAAAUGUAUUUGUGCAGUCAUUUUCCAGAUCAUUAACAAUAUAUUGGAUGUCUUUUGAGAAUUACAUAUUGGAUGACAAUUGUUAUUUAUGAUACUAUAGACUUUAGACUAUAGACUAUAUUUUAUUUUAUAGUGUUAUGUAAUAAGAUCCAUGUUAGCCAAGCACUGAUAAUUUAAUUUCCUAAUGGUUCUAAACAAAUAUAUAAUUAAAAUAUAUUAUUUAUUAAUAUUAUUACACUUCUAUUUGCUUUGACUUAUAAUAUAUUAUAGCCUUUACAUGAAAAUACUUGACAGCAUGUUGUUUAAAAAAAAUAGUUACAAAUUCCAGUAAAAUAUCCCCACAAUCAUCUAUGAUGCCUCUCUGUCUAUCAUUAUGUGUAUUUUGCUGCAAUCCAUUUUCAUUCUGCUGAUGAGGUUAUAUAAUGUGAGUAGAAGCAGGUUAGAGGUAAAAUUUGUCUCUGAAUUGAAUAAAUAACACUAAAUUGUAACAUUAAGAACAAUUUCAACAUGAAAGGGUUCUUCAGGAUGACAUAGUUUUAAAUAGUCUAACUAAGUGUAA